AUGACGCUAUUGUUAAUGAGUCUCGCAAAGGGCAAGUGGUUGCGAAAUAGGGUGGACGCAGUGCUCAUGAACGGUCUUUCGACCAUGAUAUGGCACGCCCUUCUGGCCGUCGUCAUUAUCCUAAUAUCGUAUAUCAUAUCAACAAUUGUACCUCCUCGCCACCCUCGAAAUAUUCCGGCUGUUCCUUUUUGGGUCACCUUGCUGUCUCUGUUCCGCGACAUCGACCAAGAGGACAUCUACAAAAAGCAUAUCCAAAAGCCUCUCCACACGCACGGGGCUGUUAAGAUAUUCUUCGCAGGCCAGUGGAACCUGCUUGUCCAGCGAUCCACCUAUCUUGCAGAGAUAUUCAGGAACGAGGAGCUGUAUCAGAAAAGCGGAAACCAAAAGAAGAUUCCACAUAGUGUUUUUGCAGAAUUUCUAGGUGACAAUGUAAUAUCCUCUCGAAAUACGACUUGGCGCCUGUAUCGAGACAUUAUUACCCCAGGUCUUCAGGGAAGCUUCGACAUAGACAUCCUGGUUGCAAACGCGGAAGGGCUAUGUUCUUCCCUUUUGGCGUCCCAGCAUGUAGCUGGCAACCGGGGAGUCCAUGUCCAGGAUCUGUUGCAACAGUUCACCAUUGCGAAUGUAUUGCAAGCGCUCUUGCACGCAAACAACAAGCCCACAAGCUCUAACGAGCCAUCACUUCACCAGCUGCAAAUAGCCGUGAAGGGAGAGAUCUUCAAGCCCAUGUUCAUGAACUUCCCCGUCCUUGACAGGUUUAGCGAUCUUAUCCCGUGCCGUGUGAGGGCCCGCGACAUGGUGAAACAGUUCUCAGCCACAUUAGAGUACUGUGUCAGACAAGGCCAGCGAUCAGCAAACCCGAAUAAUCUGGGGGCACGGCUAAUUGCUGCAAGAGACGGUGGCGUCCUCACCAGGAAGCAGUUCCGGGAUAACCUGAACGUACUCUUUGUCGCGGGACAGGAGAACCCUCAGUUGCUCCUGAUUUCGAUACUUUAUCUGCUAGCGAAACAUCCAGAUGUCCAAUCUCGCCUGAGGACCGAAAUCCAUACGUGUGGCACAACUAAUCCGUCCAACGUUGCGCUCAGCGAGCUUCCAUACCUAACAUCUGUUAUCUAUGAGAGCCUCCGCCUCCUUCCCCCAAUAUCACAACUGAUUAACCGCAGGACAUCGCAAGACGCAGUGCUCGGAAACCAAAUCUACAUACCUAAGGGUUCAUACCUCGGAUACAACUGCUACUCAACCAAUCGCGACCCUUCAGUCUGGGGUCCAGCAGCGGACGAGUUCCGACCGGAACGGUGGGGCUACAGUAGCACAGAGGUCCUGCAGCGGUACCGUCAAAGGAGAGCUCGAGCGGAAUUCAUCUCCUUCCACGGGGGGAGUCGGGCGUGCUUGGGCGAGAAAUUCGCGCUCCUAGAGGCGCGAGUGGCGCUUUUCGUCCUGGUCAGCAGGUUCACUUGGUCGCUGGAUCCAGAAUGGCCCGAUCGCAAGACCGCGGCUGGCCCACUCUAUCCGCGGGCUCUCCGCUUAAUUUUCACGGAAAAGAAGGUAGGAUCAAAUGGAAUGAUUUGA